GAGACUGUGCCGUCCAAUGGCCUGAUCGGGACUUUACUCAUCCUCUCUCCCCUUCACACACAGGAGAUCCCUCCGGAGAAGACCAGCGUAGACUGGGGUUAGCCAAGGCUGCGAGAUCGAGUCCAGAUCGGGUUGGACCGAAACUACCCUGAUCGAACCAGCAGCUUUAGGUUAUUUUUUAUCCCCUCCAUUUAAAGCCGCCGUGAAGUUCUCAUCAUGUCUGUGGCGGGACUGAAGAAGCAAUUCCACAAAGCUACUCAGAGAGUGAGCGAGAAGGUCGGAGGAGCAGAAGGAACGAAGCUCGAUGAUGACUUCACUGACAUGGAAAAGAAGGUGGACUCCACGUCUCGAGCAGUUAUGGACAUCAUAACAAAGACCACGGAGUAUCUGCAGCCAAACCCAGCCACCAGAGCUAAGAUGAGCAUGAUGAACUCCAUGUCACGUAUGCGAGGUCAGGAGAAAGGACCGGGCUACACUCAGACCGAGACCUUGCUGGGAGAGUCCAUGCAGAGGUUUGGCAGGGAGCUCGGAGAGGAGUCUAACUUUGGUCUUGCUCUGAUUGACGUUGGAGAGGCCAUGCGUGAGCUGGGCGAGGUCAAGGACGCUCUGGACAUGGAGGUGAAGCAGAACUUCAUUGACCCGAUGCAAAGCCUCCACGAAAAAGACAUCAAGGAGAUUCAGCACCAUCUGAAAAAACUGGAGGGUCGCCGUCUGGACUUUGAUUACAAGAAGAAACGCCAGGGCAAACUGACCGACGACGAGCUCAAACAAGCGCUUGAGAAGUUUGAUGACUCCAAGGAGAUCGCUGAGCAGAGCAUGUUCAACUUGUUGGAGAGUGAUAUUGAACAAGUGAGCCAGCUGGCUGCAUUAGUCCAUGCUCAGGUUCAGUAUCACUCCCGCGCUGCUGAAAUCCUCACACAGCUCUCCAGUAAGGUUGAUGAACGAAUAAGGGAUUCCUCCAACAAACCAAGGAAAGAGUUUAUCCCAAAACCACGUACUUCUCUGGACCUGUGUAUCAGUGAGAACCUGAACGGAGGACUCCAUGGAGCUCGCUCUCCAGGUGCCAGGUCUCCAGCCAAGUCUCCAGGUGAGACAAGACUGAUUGAUUUUAUCUUUCUCUCAGAAACAUGUUAAUCAUCAAUGUUUCAAAUAAAACAGUCAGAAAGACGUCGUCUGCUUGUGGUAUAAAGGACACCUGAUUGACCAUGACACCAAAACGUUUCUCCAGUGGACGAGCCUUUGUUUUUCUGAUCUGCUCUUCUCCUCCUGUUUCUUUGUUUGUCAGCUUGUUUUUUCAAUUUGCCGUCCAGCUUGAGUUUCUUCGCUCACAUUUUCCUCCACUAAACCCGUCACUUCUGUGCGUGUUUGUGCAUCAGCUCAUCGUUUCUCUGAUCUCUGAAUUCAUUAUUCUUUUUCACCAAUGUUUUCUCCUUUUUCCUUUGCAGCAAGAUCUCCAGGUGAGUGAGAGUGACUUGGGAAGAGAUGAAAAUGUCUCAAUCACUCUUACUUUUAUCCUUGUUGGAUGAAUAGUGUGUGUUUUAAUGUAUUUUUUUUUGUUUCAGUUCAGUGACGUCUUUGUUCUAAACCAUGUGUCUCUUUACAUUUUUCUUUUUGUUGUGCUUAUUAUUUGUUAAUAUGUUCUAUAACAUACUAACCAGAUCAAUGCAGUCUGAUGCUAAAGGAAUAAUACCAUUUUUUACCCUUGUGUUGUUCCCUUUGUGUUUUUGUCCUUGUCUCUUUAUGUUGCGUAAAUCACCUAUCAGCUCAUUACUGUCCCCUGAGACCAAGUUGGGUCAUUAAAAAUACACACCUCUUUAUGCCAUCAUGGACUCGAAUCCCUUUUUUCAACCGAAAAUGUGUCCCAGAGCACAAAACGCUAACAGUUUCAAUGAUAUUGAACUAAAUACAGUAAUAUCUAAUUAAAAUACAAAUUAAAAAGCUUAGGAUUUGUUUCAAAGGUGUGGUUCUCUCGUUUAAGCAACAUAUUUGCAGUGGUCUCUAUAGGAAUGAAUGGCUUGUAAGUUGUACUCGCCUGCUUCAGGAAUUAGCAGUGAGCCAGGUCAGAGAUGAGCUUCAGACGGCAGGAUAUGGAGUCUUUUUUUAUAUAUAUUUAGAUAUCUCUCCUCUGAUUGGUUAACAGCAAUGUGACUCUACCACUGGCUCUUUUUGCUUUGCAACAUUGAUGUUUUCUCUCUACAGAAACACAAACCUGAACUAGUUCUGCUGUGCGGUGGGGUUGCUAAUGCUAACAGUUAGCUUCUACUGGUACAGAAGUUUUCUGCUGUUUCCAGGACUCUAAAACAAAAACAGCCUUCCCUGCCCAUGAGUGUUAAGUGACAGUGCGAUGUAGAUCUGUCUGGCUACUCUAACCCUAGCGUUUCACAGUCUAUUUUCUAUCAGGAGCUAAUGCAGGAGAAAGGUGUAGGAGACUAUUUUCAUGUUCAGCCUGCUUGAAAAACUCAGAUGGGCUGAUUAUAAUCAGAAAUGAUAUUUCAACAUGUUUUUUCAGUGAACCACACCUUUAAGGGUUUGAUCAGCAUAUUUCAUUACUUUUUUAUGGGGAACAUACUAUGAGUUGAAGUAGUUCUAUAGUCAAAACAAAGCAUGUUUAUGCCAUUAUUGGCACUAAAUCCUUCUCAUAUAGCAAUUUCAGCUAUUUUAUUCUUGCGUUACCUUCCAAAAUGAGCUUUUUCAGGGCAGUGUCACUUUAAGAAAAUGAACUAGAGCUGGCCACGCCCACACAUCCUUCUUGUGGCUGAUACAGAGAGCCUAAGUCAUGCCCAUCUACCUCUGGACUAUCAGUCCCAGCAAGAACGAAAAAAUUAAUGCAAGUUAUUUUCUGAUUCCAAUUGUCUUGUGCCAUGGAUUUCACAUGAUGUCCGUGCAUUUCAAAUACGCAUUUUGAGACCAAGAACGCGCUUAUUGUUGAACAUUAUUUUAGGUUUUCUGUGAAAAUACCGUACGUCCAGGACCAAAUGCGCAUUACCAAAGUGACAUCAUCAAAUCAGACAUGGAGAAAAGCAGAGGGAAAAUAGAUGUGCUUACAGCGAACUUCAAACUCCUCCUUCAGGAGGAAAGAACCACUGUAAAUAUUGCCAUGGGGUAAGUAGCAGCUAGAGGAGAGAAAAUUCUGUGGUGACGUCAUAUAUGCGACAUGCUGAUAUUUGAUUUGCAGUUACGAUAAUUACGAACUUUUGCGUUUAAACAGAAAUACAACGUAUGUGCGAUUCAGGGCGUGAGGCAAAGCGGAUUCAAAAAUUGCUCUUUUAACCCCAUUGACUUGCAUUCAUUUUUUUAGUUCUUCUGGAGACCCAUGAGCCGAUGGGAAAAGGGAGCAGAUAGGCUCCCUAUAAGCUGGGGAGCUUUGAUAUCCAGGAUGGGCUUGGAGUAGAGCCGCUGCUCUUCUAGCAACAGGUCUCCUUCACAUGAGAGGAGAUUCUAUUCUUCUUUUCCCCGUUUGUAAUGUCACAAACCUUUUGGGCUCAUUUUGAGCUCAUGGAUGAUUUAUUUCUCAUUUGGAACUAAAGAUCCACGAGGCAGCAUAUGGGGAUGAAAAAGAUGAGUUUUGCGUAAUAUAUUCCCUUUAACAAUGGCAGCGAGUGACUCACAAACCUUAUAAGAAACAAGGAAAACUUUUACAUUCAUGAAAAAUUCAUGUGAAUUUAGAAACAUAACAAGUGGGAAAGCACUUACAUCCGUCUUUGGUGAAGUCAGGCUUUUACUAUGUGAGUUCCAGGAAGUUCACACGAAAAACAAAAGUCUAGAACAUGAAAUGUCCAUCAAAGCAAACUGUAGAUGUGUCAUACCUGAUUCGAUACAUGUAGAUUGUGUUACUGUUUAUCUAACUGAUAUUCAUUAUCUCAAGUAAUUAUAACGGCAGUCCUAUAAACAUAUUUUAAUAUUUUACUUGCUUUACAACAACAACAAAAAAUACUUAAAAUCUGACUGUAAUCUGCAGGAUGGAAGUUUAACCAAUGCCCCCUCACAUCUGUCGCCUCAUGUCUGGAAUGCUGUGUCAAUAGUUUCAAAUAUCACAGUCACCCGGUACAGUUUCAAGUGGGAAAUCACUUUAAAACAACAGUACUAACUGCUGAAAAUGUGUCCAUAAUAACCAUUGAAAGCAGUAACUGUUUCAUCUUUGUUAGAUUUUGUUGAGCUGAGGCCUAAAAACAGGCAGUAAGCUGCAGCCAGUCCUCUGGAGGGGUUUUCUGCUCCUUGGCUCCGGGUAUGAGGUGAUUAUGGGCUGCAAAGGAUUUGUGUCCAAGAAUUCAAAAUAUUACCUUUUAAAAUGUCAAACUUGCUGAAAGACAACAUUUGCAUUUUAAUCCUCACAAGGGGCAGUAAUGAGCUGAAUCCAAGCUCAGAGGAGGAUUUAAAUAAGAACACCCAGUUCUCUACCAAGGCCGAGGCUCGAACUUUGGUCAGACUGAUCUGAGUCUCUGGUUCUUUUGUAAACUCACUGCGGUGGAGGAAAGUGCGACUCAAAUCAAAACAGACUGGUUCUUGCUGGUCUAAUUUUUUCACACAAAAGUAUUUCACUAAUAUGUUUAAAUGCUCACUGAUGCUCAUGUUUUGCUUCUUUUCUUCCCCUCUUCCAGCCAGGUCUCCAGCUCCCCUGGACCAGCCCAGCUGUCGCGCCUUGUAUGAUUUUGACCCUGAGAACGAAGGUGAGCUAGGCUUCAAGGAGGGUGACAUCAUCACCCUAACCAAUAAGAUCGAUGACAACUGGUACGAGGGGAUGCUACACGGCAACUCGGGUUUCUUCCCCAUCAACUAUGUGGACAUCCUGGUACCGCUGCCCCAGUAAGACGUCGAGACAAUGAGCUGAGAAACAUCCUGGCCUCCAGUUUCAGUAAUCCCACUGAGCUUUUCCUAAAAUAUUCCCAAUAAUCCUCCUUCACUUCUCUUUAAAUGAGGCAAAAACACAAAGCUGUGAAUGAGGAUAAUGGUGAUAAGGUGCACUAAAUGAGUGUAGAAAUGUUUCAUGAAAAUGAGGAAAAAUCUGCUUUCCCUGAUAUUCCAGGAGGUUCAGUAGCUCCAGGCUUCUGUAUUCUGUCAUUUUUGCUUCCCUGUUUCUGCUUUUGUCUUGGUUUUAGUUGGCUGUCAGUCCGUCAUGAGUUUAUCCAAGCAGCUAAAUUUCACUUUUCAUCUGUUUGUGCCGCUACAGUAGAUAGGAGCUUUUAUUCUUACAUGCUAAGAAAAGACAAAUGAAACAAAUUCACGUGUUUAUUAGGUGGAAAGGUAGUUUAAGUUUUUUAUUUCUUAUGUGAAGAUGUUAAACUGAGUACGGUAGUUUUUAUUUCAUUUGUAGGCAUUCCCUCACAGAAACCACAUCCGGCAGUUUUAACUAAAGUUAUAGAUUGUUUCAAAUAGCAAUCGGAACAUUUAAUUUCUAUGCAGCAAGACACGUUUUGGUCCUGUUUAGGAAUUAGAUAAGAGAACUCGUCAAAAUAAAACUAGCAUCAUGAGACUGGCCCGGUUAAGUGACGGCAUGGCCUAAAUAGCUAAAUUGGACAUUUUUAAACAUUUUAAAAGAAAUUAGUUGUGCUUAAAUGUUAUUCCUUCAAUAUGAAACUUGGUUUUUGUGACGAAAUAACCUAAAAGGACAUAACUGAACAUCGGAGCAACACUUUGUUUUAUAAACUGUUUUGUUGCUGUUUGACAUUCUGCAGCUUAGAUGUAAAAAGAGGACGUGGAAAAUCUGAGAAAAUGUGCAGAAAUCAUUCUUUAAAUGAUGCAACUAAAAUGAUGUUUAUACACAAAAACCCCUUUCCUUUUCCUUUGUAGUGUUUUGUGGGAUUGUUUUCAGAUUAUGAUGAUAAUAGAAAAAAUCCAAAGCUCAGAUCAUCGGUUUAAAUCAGCAUACACACACAUAUCACCAUUUACUAAACUCUCAGUAAAACUCUUGCUUCCGCCAAUCUUGUUAAUGUUAUGCAUGUAUUACCGGGGGGAGGGUGUGUGUGUCGUGUGUUUGUGUUCUGCACAGGAACACACACCUUCUAGGGGCUGAGGUGUUUAGGAUGUUACUGUUUCUGACAGUGUUCAGCAUUAAAACGUGCAUCAGCUCAUUCCAGUCAGCAGACGAUGCAAAACCAACCCAAAACCUUUUAAGUGUUACUUUUUUGUCGAGGGGAAGCACCGCUCUAACAGAAGGUGCAUUAUGUCGACAAAAGAAUAGUGAUUCAGUGUGAACAGGUCAUGUAUUCAUUCAAAAACAAACUUCCUUCUUUCACUUUUUUUUAAUCGUGUGUAUCUUUGCCCUCAGUGAGGACUGUACAGCUUUUUGGUGUGUUUUGUUUUCACCUUGUGUGUAUAGUCACGCAUCUACAGUAAUGUAUCUUAUUUUUGUAACUGUGAGUAAAGUAUACACAUACAGUAUAGGUGUAUAUAUAUAAAUAUAUAUACAGUAUUUAACCCAGAAGUGAUGUUGGAGGGAGAGGGGUUCUUUGUGCUGCACAUGACUGUCUUUGAAAUAUUUUUGUGUUUUGUUUUGUUUUUCUUUAUUCUUGCACUGAAUUAAACUGUCAGCUUGAUGUAAACAAUAAAAAAAUGUGAUGAGUCGAUGUAAUUUAUUCAAAUAAAUACUACGAAAUUA